CCCGCAGCCUUUUCACAACAAGUGCAUCCACAUGUCGAGGGCCACGGGCACAUUGCUCGGUAUGGCUGAUCCUGCCAGUAUGGGCGCGAGCGUCCAGGAUGACCAGCUGCAGCGUGACAUGAACGCCUUACAGGAGGGGAUUCGCCUUUUGUUCACCAACGACUUUCAAAAGGCGGAAGAGACCUUCCGAGAAGGAUCCCAACGUGAACGACCUCGGAUACGACCGGCAAAUGACAGCACGCGGGAUACGCGUGGGGUCUUCGCCCUGAUUUACACGAUGGUGAGCUUCAUGUUUGGUUUGUUAUCCUUUGCCAACGACCAGUUGGAUGAGUGUUUGACCCGAGUUUGGACGGCAGAAAGUCUGUUGCUGGAGGACGCGCCCUGGGUGGGACAGAAGAUGCUCCUGGGGAUGGUCUACCUCAUCGCAGGAGUGGUGCAAGCGGCCAAGAAUGCGUGGCUGAAGUCGGGGGUGAACUUGGUGCGCUCGCUGCGCUACAUCAAGGACUUCGAAGAAGGCCUCCAUUUCAGUGGCCGUGAAGCGCACUUCGUCCGCAGCUUCGCGGGCUUCGUCAUGGGCCUUUUUAACUUAGUCUUGUCCAUGCUGCCUCCGCAGAUGCUCCGCGUCGCGUCCCGUGCGGGCGGACGCACCCUGCAGGGCAGCCGCACCGAUGCACUGGAGCUGCUGCAUCAGUGCUAUGUUCAGGAUGGCAUCAUGGCGCCGUUUGCUGUUUUAGUGCUUUUGUGUUACAACAUUUGGAUAAAAACCUAUCUCGGGGAAGCGAUCACCGAUGAAGACUUCGCGGCAUCCAAAGGCUUUCUCCAGUGGGCUUCGGAGCGGUACCCGAGCAGUGCGGUCUUCGAGUUCUGGCAGACGGAGCUCCAUGUGAUCCGCACCGAGGUGCGCGAAGCUUCCGAGUGUGUAGAGCGAGUGCAUUCCGUGCUGGCGCAUUUGAAGCUCCCAGCGAUUGACUCCUUCCUGGAGCAAAAGAAAGCCAUGUUCUCCUUGGCCCUGCUGGAGUGGCCCGAGGCCGCCAGUGGCUUUGAGGAAUCCUUGGCGGUCUCUGUAGCGCGCCAACGGCGCUCCUACGUUCCGACCUUGUCCUACCUGGCUGGCCUGUGCCGAGUGGUCAGUGGACAGGCUGCCGAGGCACGACCCAACUUCGAGCGUGUGCAGCAAUACUCGAAGAUGCGGAAAAGAAAUUGGCCACCCGAAGAUGACCUGGCCUUUGCCAAGGUGAAGGAGUUUGGGCCCAGUUCGUGUACCACGCCGCGCCGGGCAUUGUUGGAAUUGGUGGAGAUAUCCAUGCUCAAGAUCCAUGUGCUCCACACCAUGCCUGGUGAAGAGAAGAGGCGACUGAAAGAGAAGCUUUUGGAAGAGCACGAGGGUGAAGCAGCUGAGGAAGCCGCCCGUGGCCUCUUGUUUGCUGCGGAGAUCUCUCGUUUGCAGGGCGCCUUCGAGGAGGCGCGCCGCUUCGGUGCCCAGGCGCAGCAGCUUUUACCCAAGCUGGGCCCACGAGGGCAGAGCAACGGCACAGCUGCCGCGCUGCACCUGACGUUGGCCCUGCUGGGUGUCGACGGGCACUUGACAGCCUUGGACAAAUGCCCUCGCUGCUGCCGGGCCUACGAUGAAGCGAUUAAAUUCAAAAGGCUGGGACUGGAGCGGCGGAUUGCCGAUGGAGCCAACGAUGCUCCAGAAGAACUUCCAGGUGACCGCUCCGUCGAGAACGGCUCCGUGGAGGGCGGCUCCGUGGAGGGCGACGAUGAAGAGUUCUUCUCGGCAGAGGAGGAGGAACAUGAGGACGCCCAGCCGUCGUCCUGGAAGGCCCACUUUUGGAAGAAGUGGAAGUUCCGGCGUCCUCCCAGCAUCGAGACUGAGUUGGGCAGCGACGAUGUCAAGCCCGCGGCGGCAUCGCCCAGCUCCUCGUUGAGCUGGGCGUCGGAGGUGGCGGUGAAGGCGCUACGCGAUUUCGCCAAGAAGUCGGCCGUGGCGGGAGGUCAGCUUGGGCAUCAAGCCAGCGAGCAGCUGGGUCACCUGGCCAACUCCGGCCUGUGGGCCCUGCGGUCACAAUCGGGUCGCCGUGCUGGAGCUUGUGGCAACAGCAAGCUCCACCUGGAAGCCUUGCUCCGUCAGGCCGAUCAAGGCGACUGCUCGGUGGUGUCAAUGUCAACCCCUGGCCCCGGCGUGUCCGAGGCGGACGUGGUGGCGUACCUUCGCUGGGCGCACUGGAACUCGUUGCGAGGGAUGACGAGAAACGACGCUCUUCGCCAAUAUGGAAUCCUCACGUCCUGGACCCCUCCCUCGCCCGCGGGCGACGGCCGUGACGCCACGGGCAGCGUGCCAUCGCUCGCGCGACGCAACAGCAGCUGAGCGCGCGCCACUGCCGUGGUGCGCGGGAAUUGGGAAGAAAGGCGCC